GCCUCAUCCCGCUUAAUUAAAGUUGUCUUAAUCCAUCAGCUUCCACGCUUUUGGUGUCUUCACCAGCCAUUUUUUUCUUUGUCACGAACCUAGACAGGAAUUCACGUCGCCGAGUUUUUGGCACCAUUUCAUAGCCUGUCACUUCCGUUGAGAUCAGACUUGUAUUCGCAUCGCCGACAACGCAACGGCCUUCUCGCUCAGCUGAAUCGCACAGCUGUGCAGAACACCAUGCGUAUCACACUCACCGUGUCCAAUCCCGAGGUCGAGGCCGAGGAUCUUCGCCUUGUAUCGCUCGAGGUCUUCCCGGAGAUGACCAUCGAGGCUCUCCGCAGUUCCAUCGAGGCCGAGGGUAUCCCCGAGCCGUCUCAGCACAUCUACCACAACGGACAGCUGAUCACCGACAAGUCCAAGACAGUUCAGGAUUUGGGUAUCACAGACGGCGACAUGCUUGCGCUACAUAUCCGCGACAUGCGGGGUAAUACAGGUGUCGCUCCAGGCCCUCAGGCUCAGCAGGCACAACAGCAGCAGCAACAGCAGCAGCAGCAGCAGCAGCAACAACAACAUCAGCAGCAGCAACAACAGCAACAGCGUAGUGCUAUGGCCCAGGACCCGGAGCUUAUUCGAUUACAAGUACUUGGUGAUCCUCGACUGCGGGCCGAGCUACAGCGCUCAAACCCCCAACUGGCCGGCGCAUUGGAGGACCCAAGACGCUUCGCUCAGCUCAUCCGUGACACCACAAACCAGCAGGAAGAGGCCCGAAGAGCGAGGAUGCGCGAGAUCGAGCAGCUGAACAAUGACGAGUUUAACCCCGAAGCACAAGCGAGAAUCGAGGAGAUGAUCCGUCAGAAUAAUGUUAUGGAGAACUUGCAGAAUGCUAUGGAGUAUAAUCCCGAGUCAUUCGGUCGCGGCAAAUCCGUGGACCUCCUGCUGGGCCUGGACAUUCUCAAGGGCCACCAGGCAACAAUCGACCUUGCGCGUAACAAGCUCAUCAUCCAAGGUGAAGAGGUGGAUUUCCUGGGUGAGGCAGAUGUGCCCAAGGAAACCGAGGAAGCUGUAAACCAAGAGCCCACAGUACCAGGCCCUGGUGGCACGACGAUUGGUGCUCGCUCUGGUGCAGUUACGGCAGGGCCUUCAGCUCCACCCAACAACCCACCCCAACAGUCGAAUCCCGUUGCUCGCCCUGCACCCAGCAGCUUUCCUGAGUCGGAUAUUCAGACGCUGAUGGACUUGGGUGCCACAAGACAACGAGCGAUCCAGGCUCUGGAGUUCACUGGUGGCAAUGUCGAGUUUGCUGCCAACGUCAUCUUUGCUGAAAUGUAGGAGAAUUGCAGUCGGCAAUUGCAAUAACUUGCCAGCUGGCGCCGUGCUGGAGAGGAAUUAUUGCUAUCAGAAGCAUAAGUUGAUACCACAAAACAAGCAACACUACUGGUUCAGCACUGGACAUGGUCAAUAAGGGGAACAUUUUGUUUUUGCGACAUGAUCGGCGUAAUAGAUCAGUUGCGGCUGGCCGCAGGGAACCGGCGGCAUUGGUCGACGGUUGGUAUCAGAGCGUUCAGGGCAUAGCUUGAUUGCAUUGGGUGCGAAUUGGUAUUUUGACAUAGAGAAAAGCACGCGUCUCUGCGUUGCAAACAUAUUGGCCAGUACACGU